GCGCGUGUGGCGAGCGAGUCAGUCAGACCGAUCGCGGCGCGGAAGAGACAGAGACAGUCGAGACGGGCAGCCGAGACGAGGGACUGCUGCCGCCGUUUCGCGACAGUGUGGAGGCAGCGUCGCGAGGGUGCACAGUGCACACGACAGCACGCACACCGGCACUACCGGCACCGCAGGACUGGACGGACUGCCCGACGAUGCUCUUGAACAACAACCACGUGGCCGGGGAAGGGAGGGCGGGCAGCACCAGUGUGGAUCGGUGCGUGCCCAAGGAAAUCCUCUUCAAGUUCCUCGUCAUCGGCGACUACGGCGUCGGAAAGACGGCUGUGGUUCGGCGCUACACAGACGGCCGCUUCUCCUCCAACUACAAGAUCACCAUCGGCGCCGACUUUUCGAUGCGGACGCUGCAGUGGGACGACUGCACCAAGGUCAACCUGCAGCUUUGGGACAUAGCCGGGCACGAGCGCUUCGGGUGCAUGACCAGAGUCUACUACAAAUACGCAGUUGGAGCGGCGAUAGUGUUCGAUCUUUCUCGGACGGCGACUUUCCAGUCAGUGCGCAAGUGGCUCAAGGACCUCCGUGAGAAGCUGAGCCUGGCCGACGGGGAGCCCGUGCCGGUGGUGCUGCUGGCCAACAAGUGCGACAUUCCAGGCUACAGUGUGCAGCCAGAGGUGGUGACGCGCUUCUGCAAGGAACAGGGCAUCCAGGCCUGGUUCCUCACCUCGGCCAAGACCAACGUCAACAUCGAUAGAGCCAUGCAGUUUCUGGUGGAGCGCGCGCUGCAGACACGACAUCAAGAGAUAACUCGCGAAAGUGAUGCAAUCCAGCUCAACAAUGAAUACAAAGAGGAAAAUGCAGAAAAGGUAGACAUUUGUUGCUAACUUGAAAGCAUGGACUGCAUUGAAAAGACUGAAAAGACUGAUUAGCAAAGGGGACACAGCACUGUUGUCCCAUUUAUGUUUAGAAUGUGAUAUUUGUUCCACAUUACAAGGAGAAAAAGUUUGUAAGGUGGCCUGUGUUAGAUGUAAGUUUACUCAUCACAUUUGUAUGUAUACUCAUCAGUCAUUGAAUUAUUUGUAUGUUAAAUCCUAUUUAUAAUUUAACUAGUAAAGUAAGAAAGGUUGAUUUUUGUGAAAACAAUCUUCUGCACAGAACACUUGAUAAUAUUUUAAAAUAAUACUUAUUGUUACCUUGAAUUGUU